AUUUGUAUUGUUUUUAUUAAAAUAUUCUGCUUUAUAGCUAAGGGUCUUUAAAUUCAAUGCGUACCAAUUUCGUUAAAAGUAACCAUGUGUAGUUUUGAGUUUAGUUUCAAAAUAUUUCUCACACGGCAUCACUGGUAUAAAAUUUGGCGCGAAAUAUCUCAUUUCCCCGCGCUUUGCUGGAGAUCUGUUAUCAGUUCUUUAAGUUGCUUUUGUUGACGUUAUUUUUUGUUUGGUUUAUUCAGUUGUUUAGGCGUUUAGUUAUUCAAGAUGGCGAUGUCUGGGUUUGACGAUCCUGGCGUAUUUUUCAGUGACAAUUUUGGCUCAGAAGAACAGUCGGAUACUGCGCAAGUUCAACGCACUCAAAUCAAGAAGAAAUUUCGAGAUUUUCUGCGCGAGUACCACGUCUCUGCCGCAGCGACUGGCGUGUCUUAUCUGUACAGAGACGAACUUCGAAGGCACUACAACUUAGGGGAGUACUGGCUGGAAAUAGACCUUGGACAUCUGGCUUCGUAUGACGAUGAAUUGGCUGAUUUCAUAUACCAGCGUCCUGCGGAGUAUCUACCGCUAUUUGAGCAAGCAGCGAAAGAAAUUGCAGACGAAGUUACGAGACCAAGACCAGAGAAUGAAGAAGAUAUUAAAGAUAUUCAAAUCAGUUUUAAAUCUUCAGCUAGAAGUGUUUCAGUUCGUGCCUUGAAUGCAACGAUGAUGUCAAAACUGAUUAAAGUUCCCGGUAUAGCUGUGUCUGCCUCAUCAGUAAGAGCAAAAGCGACACAAAUCGCUCUUCAGUGCCGAUCAUGCCGCUCCACUAUUUCAAAUGUUCGUGUCAACCCCGGUUUAGAAGGUUACACCCUCCCACGAAAAUGCACAACUGAAGCACAAGGCCGAGAACCCUGUCCAAUUGACCCAUACUUCAUUCUGCCAGAUAAAUGUGUUUGUGUUGAUUUUCAAACUUUAAAAUUGCAAGAGGCACCAGAUGCCGUGCCAAUGGGUGAGAUGCCACGGCACCUCCAACUAUAUCUUGAUCGCUAUUUGUGUGACCGCGUCGUGCCUGGUAAUCGGGUCACGAUUAUUGGCAUAUACUCCAUUCGACGUGCAGCUAAGGGUGUUACAGCUAAGAACAGAGAACAAAAGGGGAGCCGAGUUGGAGUUGGGAUCAGGACUCCGUACAUCCGAGUACUUGGAGUGGAAGUGGAGACGGGAGGACCUGGAAGAUCAAUGGGCAACCCCUUCACUCAGGAGGACGAAGAAAAGAUCAGAAGAUUAGCUGCAUCUCCAAACAUCUACAACACCAUCGCGAAGUCAAUCGCCCCGUCAAUUUUUGGAAGUCUUGACAUUAAGAAAGCUAUUGCGAGUUUGUUGUUCGGAGGAUCAAGGAAGAGACUUCCGGAUGGAUUGACGAGGAGAGGAGACAUCAAUCUUCUUCUUCUUGGUGAUCCUGGAACUGCCAAGUCUCAACUGUUGAAGUUCGUAGAGCAGGUAUCGCCAAUUGGUGUUUACACCUCAGGGAAAGGUAGCAGUGCUGCCGGGUUAACUGCAGCAGUGAUGCGAGAUCCAAAUUCGAGGAACUUUGUAGUGGAAGGAGGAGCUAUGGUGCUUGCUGAUGGUGGAGUCGUAUGCAUUGAUGAGUUCGAUAAAAUGAGAGAAGACGACAGAGUUGCGAUUCACGAAGCAAUGGAACAACAAACUAUUUCAAUCGCAAAGGCUGGUAUUACAACUACGUUGAAUUCUCGAUGCUCUGUUCUUGCUGCUGCCAACUCUGUGUAUGGAAGAUGGGAUGAUAGUAAAGGAGAACAAAAUAUUGACUUUAUGCCAACAAUUUUGUCACGUUUUGACAUGAUUUUUAUUGUAAAAGAUGAGCAUGAUGAGAAACGUGAUGUGACACUCGCAAAGCAUGUGAUGGGAGUUCAUAUGGCAGCGAAUACAACUUCAAAACCAACUAAUGAAGGCGAGAUAGAUAUUUUAACUCUCACUAAAUACAUUUCAUUCUGCAGAGCACGCUGUGGGCCACGCUUAUCAAAAGCAGCUUGUGAAAAGUUGCAGAACAGAUACGUACUGAUGCGUUCAGGAGCGAGGUCGCAUGAAAUUGAUACGCAGAAGAAAACUUCAAUCCCCAUUACAGUGAGGCAACUUGAAGCUGUUGUGAGGAUCACUGAGUCUCUCGCAAAGAUGAAACUCCAAGCAUUCGCAGGAGAGGCAGAAGUAGAUGAAGCUCUUCGUCUCUUCCAAGUCUCUACUCUGGAUGCGGCUCUAACUGGAGAUUUAUCCGGAGUAGAAGGAUUCACAUCCACAUCUGAUCAGGAGGAGCUAAACCGCAUCGAGCGUCAAAUCAAACGGCGCUUUGUUAUCGGAUCCCAGGUUUCCGAACACGCCAUUGUACAAGAUUUCGCGAAGCAACGAUACGAUGAACGAAAGAUCCACAAAGUUCUUCAACUAAUGAUGAGAAGAGGAGAGAUCCAGCAUCGCAUGCAGCGGAAAAUGCUUUACAGACUAAAGUAAUUCCAAACCUAAAGAUCAUUCCAAUCUUCAUAGGAAUUGUAAAUAUUUUCCUCCACCGAAUUGUGAAAUUACAAAGCCUCUCUGAUAUAGUACUUAUGUGGGGUAAAAUGGGACACUGAUAGUAAGUAAAUCCCAUAUUUCCUGUUUUUAUUUUUAACCGACAGUUUUAAGAGAUAGGUCAGAAUUAACUAGUUAUGUGAAUAUUUUUUGUUUAUUACCCAAAACAACAAGAAAACGAUUAAAAACAUUUCCCAUCUUACCCCACCCUACUAUAGAAUGAUUUUUGUACAUAUGUAUAUACCAUGCCUUUGUGAUAUCGCUUGCUUUUUCUAACCUGUGCUAUUCAUCACUGCCAAAAGUGCUUGCACCAUCAGUGCUGCUUGUAUAUAUGUAUAUACCUUGCCCAAUGAUGUAGAUAUGAAACUACUGACUGUAUAUUGCUGCUAUUUCUAUCAGUGGCUAGUGUGCUACUGUAAGAAACAAUAUGUAAAUAAAUUUCUUUCGUUCUGUAUAAAUUGUUGGAGCAGAAGUUUUUGAUAUUCAUAGGUGCCUUCUGUUGAUAAAUGUAGGUUAGUUAUGGCGCGGUAACGACAGUUGUUAAAACUCGAGAUUUAUAUAACACAUGGCAUACAAAUUAUAAUUUGUAGGUUUAGUUGUACACUGGUUUCAAAAUUAUACUAAUUGUAAAGAGUCUAUGAACUUAACGAAUUACUAGCUUUUUUUAGAGAAGCAGAAAGUAUAGUCACAAACAAUAUAUCAUUUGGUUUAUUGUAGUACAAGAAUAGGUGCAUUUAUUAUAACUUACUGUAACAAUAAAUAAAUUAAUAAUUAAAAUGUAUGAUGUAACUUUUACACCAAAACUAAUGGUAAUUAUAGCGAUUGUAUAUUUUUUUUUCAUCUGGCAGUGUUUUGAAUUAUUGGCUUAUUCUUUGAGGUCCGACUUAACUACUAGAAUAUCAUUUUAAAACUUUCUGUUACUCGAAAAAACUAAUGCAGGCUCAUUUAGUUUUAAAAAUUAUGUCUUAUGUUGAAAAGAUUUCCAUGGCAGAAUAUUCUAUAAAGUAUAGCUAUUUAUUUUAAGGUUCUGUUAAUCUGUUUUAUACUUGGUUUCAAUCCUAAAACUUUUUGUUAUUUAAAAAAUCUAAUGCAGGCUCAUUUAGUUUCAAAAAUUAUGUCUUAUGUUAAAAAGAUUUCUAUGGCAGAAUAUUCUAUAAAGUAUAUCUAUUUAUUUAAAGGUUCUGUUUUAUUACUUGCUUUCAAUUUUAGAUCAUACUCUUCGUUCAACUUUUCCAUUGUGGUACAUUUAAUAUAAUAAUAUUCAUUUACAUAAUAAUGCAAUCAUUGUUUCUGUGUAAUUCAUAUAUUGGAACUAAUGGAAAGUGAAACUUCAAUAAUAUUUAAAAAA